AUGUUGCAGUUAAGCCAGCUCAAUCCAAUCGGCGGCCGUCUUUCAAAAUAUGCUAAAGGAUUGCCGAAAACAACACCAAAUGUAUACCGCAGAUAUUUAGAAAAAAUCAAAGUGAUUAGAUAUAACGAUCCUUACAGUAUGUCCUUCCCUGCGCUUGGAAACCAGAAUAUCCCGUCCACGGUUACUACUGGUCAUGUUGUCGAUUACCUUCUAAACUUCGUGUCUCCAUAUACUGGUCAUCCUAUGAAGAAUAGACGAAGUAUGGAUGGGUAUAAAAAAUUCGAAUCCGGGUUCGUGCAUUCCGUCCAGGGAACUGUACGAGAAGGCUAUCAUGUUGUUGUUGGAAAGGUUAUCCACUCGAUGGAACUGAGGGAAGGUAUGUUGAAACCUUGGAUAAUCUUAGACCAACGAGGAAACAUAAUAUAUGCACACUGCACCUGCGUUGCCGGUAUAAGCGAGACUUGCUCCCAUGUCAGUGCCAUCCUGUACUCAUUAGCUAAUCUUCAUGCCCAGUCUAUUAAUAGAAAGGUAUUACUUAAAUUCCUUUAAUAGAAUCAAAUAAUGCACUAAUCAAUGUAAAGGUCACAGUUACAGAUAUGCCAUGCUACUGGCGCCAGCCAUCGAAAAACAUUCGGACCGAUCUGUACAAAAAAG